GGGCUCUCGGCUUGCAGCCAAGGGCCGAGGCAGGACAUGUCCACGCAGACAUGAAGAUUCUCUACCGGUUCUGGGUGGACUACCUUGCUGGGGAGGGCAUCGACACCGCCAUGGUCGCAGAUUUCUGUAGUGCAGCCAUGUCUGGUCUGGAGCAGCAUCCCUCUUGCCCAACUGGCGUUGCCCAUCUCUCCUCGCUCUUCGACCGUCUUCAAGCGCAGGAUAGACGAAGAGAGUGUGCAGCAUGUCGGCCAGCUCUCCUAAACAACUGCGGGUGUUAGCUCGCCAGGAGCUACGCUGGCAUGACAUGCGACGCCUGUCACGAACGGUCAGGAGCUACGGAUACGAUGUUCCGGAAGGCGGAUAUAGGGGCUACCUCAAUGGCUGGUGGAUGGAUCUUGGGGGCUUCUUGGCGGACUCGGUGGUCAUCUGGGCAUGACCGUUUGAGUCUGAUUUGGAAAAAAAAAAUCUCUUUGCACUUGCUGCAGCAAAGAGAUGAAAAGGAGUGCGAAGGGAAGAUUUUUGACAACUGGCGUUACGGAUGGGCGUUUUCCCUGCCCUUGAUUUUGCAGCGCGGGAGGGGGAUAUCGGACCCUGGUGCCCGUCAAGAGGGGCCCAGCACGAUAAAAAGGCUGAGGUCAGGACGAGAGUCAGAAGCAGCGUCAGCCCUCAGACUUGCCCGCGGCAAACAUGAACAGCGCUGCGCCAGUCUUCCUGCUCCACGCGUUUGUUUUACGAGGAAUUGCUGAAUGGCCUCAUUCUCCCACAUUCUUCUGAUUGCUUAUCCUUGUUGACCUUGGGAAUGGCUCCCAACACGUUUUAUUUCAUGCAUUCACAGCGACACCGGCAGGGGGAACAGGACAAAGAUUAUUGGUGUCAAGGGGCGGCGAAAAGACACUCAUUCGUCGGCGUCAUAGGCAGCAAAAUGAACCUCCCCCUGCCCCUCCAACUCGGCACGGCACAUUACUCGAUCACCUGGCUGGGCUGUGCUGGACUCUGAUGAAGCAAACUGAGAGAAGGCAUCAGCGGAGGAUGAUGAAGAUGGACCGGUAAUCCGAGAGAGAAAAAAACGAUGAAAAGAGGCAGAAACAGUUAUGUGGGUGAAUUGGAUGUUGCUGGCGUUGUACUGUACCACUAGAAGGAAAAAGAAAGAUUUGCACAUGG